CAAUCUACUACCAUUGACACGUCAGAUAUGGCUGAGUCCGGCAUCUCCGAUUGGUUCAACAGCAUUCCUCUAGUGACUCGUGCCUGGUUUGGCCUUUCUAUUAUUUUUCCACUCGUAGGAAACUUCGGUUUUAUCAACCCACAACACCUCCUUCUCUGGUACGACGCCGUCGUCUACCGUUUUCAGAUAUGGAGACUGGCUACGUGUGUGUUUUUUCAUCCUCUCGGCCCAGGAGCGGGUUUUCGCUAUCUAAUAACUUUGUAUUUCUUGUACAGCUACUCCAGUCGUCUAGAGUCAGGUAUCUUCGAUGGUCGACCAGCAGAUUACCUUUUUAUGCUGCUUAUGCACUGGAUAGUUGUUCUUGUCAUAGCUCUAUUCAUGGGACUUCCAUUAAUAAUGCAUUGCGUCGUGAUGGCUGUUAUUUAUGUCUGGUGUCAGCUCCAUAAGGAUACCAUGAUAGUCUUCUGGUUUGGUGCAACAUUCAAAGCUAUGUAUUUCCCGUGGGUGCUGGCUGCAUUCAACAUGAUCAUCAUGGGCAGUGGCUUGGUUGAACUAAUCGGUAUCUUUACCGGUCACGUCUACUUCUUCCUCAUGUUCAAGUAUCCUCAAGAUUUCGGAGGUCAAACGUUCCUCUCGACUCCACAAAUUUUUUACAAGUGGCUCCCGAACCGACGAACGAUGGGCGGUUUUGGUCAAGUGCCAGCCAGUAGGAGACAGCAAGACGAUGGCAAUAACGGAAGGCACACGUGGGGUCAAGGACAGACUCUGGGACGAAACCAAUGAAUAUAAACUGUAGCGUUUGGGAUAAGCAAUGAGAAAUUGUUGAAUAUGAGAUUUAUCCGUUGUGUGUGUCAGGGUAUGUCCAUAAUUAAGUUUAAACGGAUAAAUACAUGUAUGUAUACCAACAGAACAACAGCUAUAGGUCACCGCUGUUACCUGUAAAUUCAUUCAAUAGACUCG